AAAGGGAAAUAACUGUUAUCAUCAAAUUGACGUAGCCGUGAUCAAUGUUUUAAUGAAUUCUUUGCAGUCCAAAACUUCGAAAUUUUACGUGUGUAAAUGUUUUUAUAGUAAAAAUAUUUUUCUUAAAUGUUAUCGUAUGCAUGUUGUUUACAAAUCAAAAGACCAAUUCAUUUCCGCCUACGGACAGGCCUUGAAAGAAAAAGGGUGUGACACAGACGAAAAACUCCAGGGUGUGUUACAAGAGAUUGCGACAGAAAUCCACCGACGACGUAGCUUAGGUGACCAGUACUUAGAGAGACGGCAGGUCAUCUCGUCCACCUACAAACCACGGCAUCCUCAAGUAUUCCAGCUCAAGGAGGAGUUCUUCGCAUCAGAGUUCCUGGACCUUGUGAGAUACUGCAAGACAGAUGGCGCCACGCUUGACGGAGUUCUCGCCAUGGUUGAAAAACCGCCAGGUGACAGACUCUAUUCAUUCCCGGUCUUUACACUCGACUUCUGCUCUUCACUGACCGACGAACUGGAGCAUUUCGAGGCUAGUGACUGCCCACGUGGUCGCCCUAACACGAUGAACAACUAUGGGAUACUUCUAAAUGAACUGGGAUUUGACGAAGACUUCCUAAAUCCUUUGCGUGUGAACUACUUGACUCCGAUAUGCGCCAUAUUGUUUCCUGACUGGGGCGGAAGCAGUCUCGAUUCUCACAAAGCUUUUGUGGUGAUGUACAAACCGGGCGAAGACGUUGACCUGAGCUAUCACUACGACAACUCGGAGGUAACACUAAACGUCGCCCUCAGCUCCAACUACGCGGGCGGGUCUCUGUAUUUCGGAAACAUGCGAACGGAGUCGUCACGACCUAGUUACACAGAGUACAGCCACAGGGCGACAGUGGGGGUCGUCCACAGAGGGCAGCACCGACACGGCGCUAACGCUAUCCAGUCUGGAGAGAGGUACAACCUCAUCAUCUGGAUGAGGUCAUCGCGAGUGCGCAAUCAGCUCUGUCCGAUGUGUGACAGUCCUCCUGAACUCGUGGAAACUGUUGGCUUUGGAGACGGGUUUACAAACGGCGACCAUGUCGUUGAUGUGUGUAUUACCUUAUAAUGAGCCCAAGCAGCGUAUUUUGGUGAAGGCUUUGUUCAGGGUGCUGGGGUGCGUACAUAUCCAUGACUAAACACAACAGUGUCCCCGAAACACAGUGUUUAAUGUAUAAACGUAAGGAAUGUAAGAUAAAUAUGAUCUUGGUGAUUCUCAAAGAAGAUUGUUUCAUACCCCAGACUAAAUGUUAUACUUUGAAGAUAGCUUUAUAAAUAAAAGUCCCUGUUAUACAUUGUAAUGUCUUUGUAAUAAUCAUCUUAGGCCUUGUAAAGAAGUUGCCAAUCCAAAUAUAUUCAGAUCUGUAUUAAGCAGCCACUAAAUGGAUAAUGAAAAUGUCCUUUUAAGACAGAUGGCUGUUUUAUGCAGGUCAGUUGUACUAUACUAGAUGAUUUAGGAGAUUAAAAGGACGAUCACUUAAGGCAGGUGGCUGUAUUGUAGAAGUUGACACGUGCGUACGUUUGACACUAUUACACGUUUGGAGACUAUAUCUACUAAUACGAUGCACCAUUGACCAAUAUGAUGGCUGAUACUAUUCCAUAGUUUGAACUUGUGGAUACUCUUUUUAAAAAAUGUCUUUGGCAAAACAUUUAUUAUGUUUCCGUCGUUUUAGAUGAAGUAAUAGAUGACAGGGUUAGGCAAUACUCAUGACGGGUGCCACCGGUGGGACAGAAUAUGUUCACCUUUUGCGAACACCUGAUAUCACAACUGUUAUGACAGUGGUUCAUGAGUGCAUAUUAUCACAGCUGUACUUAUUCAAAUGAGCUCUGUCCGGUGCUACCGGCCUCGGUGGCGUCG